AUGGGGCUGGACGGGCUUCUCUCCUCUUCAGCGUGGUCGGAGGCUGCCUCCUUCUCUACGCCCACCACUCAGCAGUUCACUGACCCAGAGCCUGAGGGCCACAACUGCUAUAAGGGUUGGGAGGAGGACCUGCUGCCUGAGGAGAGGGAGGUUCCUCUGCUAAACCUCUACCUUACCACCAAGAGAGUCGAGGACAUCGCCCUGAGGCUCGUCUCCCUGCGCCAGGCCUUCACUACCCUGCUUGGUUCCACCCUGAGCAGGAACCAUCUGUUUGUGGCGGGAAAGGUCCUCCUGGGCGCACUGGUUCAGGCCAACCACAUGGACGAGGCCAAGUUCAUCCGUACUUAUAACGACUUUGUGGACUACCUGAGUGACCCCUCCAAGCGGAAUGACAUUGAGAGGGAGCUGGCUGAGGCAAAGAUCCAUCAUGUGAACAUGAUAGAUGUCGUCUUUGAGCUGGUGCUGUUUGGGAUGAUGACAGCUCAGAAGUCCCUGAUGGUGCACCCCGGUGGGUUUGUGGAGCGUCUGUACGCUCUCCUGUACUCCUUCCUGCCCACUGCUGCCAACAUGGAGCCAGAGGCUGACAGAUACCUGCUGCUGCUCAAUGAUUCUUGUGACACUUUGCCACCCAAGAGGGAUCCAGACACCAAUGCACUACAUUACUUUAUGGUGCACAUGAAGGAACCACCUCCGGUCUCCCUGAGCGCAGCACCUCCCAGCUCCAUGGGCAUCGGAGCGCUGGUGCUGGGAGAUGGAACCGACAGACUCCGCUCUGGACAUCU